CAGUGCAUUCUGGGUGCGUUCUUAUACACGAGGAAUCCGCGCCAUCUUGGAAGGUUCACGUUUAUCGCACAAACUAUUCAGCCAAACCCUUUCAGAAUGGCGGACGCGAAUGAAACGGUCGGUGAAUCUAGUGCAGAGGCAUUAACCCAAUCAGAUACACCCGAAAACCACGAAAAUACUGCGCAAAAUGGAGAGCAUUCAUCAGAAAGCCAAGCCGAAGCCACUUCGAGUGGAAGCCAUCAGGAGGAAUCAAAGCUUUAUGUCGGCAAUCUGCCCGAUGACUGCCAAAAGCACCAGUUACAGGAACUCUUCGCAAAGUACGGCACCGUGUCUCAGUGUGACAGGGUGAAAAACUUCGCUUUUGUGCACAUGGUUGGUAGGGAAAAUGCUGAUAAUGCGAUCAAAGCCUUAGAUGACUCUCUGUUUAUGGGCACACACAUUCAAGUACAGCAUGCCAAGAGUAAGGGAAAGCCUGCAGAGGAUGAAUGCUUCCACUGUGGAAAAUGUGGCCACUGGGCCAGGGAUUGCCCCAAAAGAAGUAGCUAUCAACCAAGAUCAUAUGGUAGAGAUGGAAGAUACCACCCAUAUGGAGGUGGCGGUGGCGGUGGCUAUGGUGGUGGUUAUGGUGGCGGCGGAUAUCGAGGUGGAUAUAGUGGAGGUGGUUAUGGUGGUGGUGGCUAUGGUAGACCCCCUCCACCAAGGGACUACUACAGAGACCGACCUGGUCCCCCGCGAGACUACCGUGGGCCAUCAGGAUACAGAAGUCGCAGCCCGGGUUAUACUGGCAACUAUGAAGGCUAUGGUAACAGAGGAUACAAUGGGCGCAGUUCGUGGUGGUCGGAUGCAGAUCCUGUUUUUACUCGUGAACAGAACGGGCGUGACGUCUUUGCGGUGAAUCGGUUCUACAGUGUGAAUGUUCAGCUCUCUUAUUGACACUUGAUGGGAUGUGAAAUAUUCAAGAACUUUUCAGAGUUGCCUUGUUCUUCCAGAUCACCUAACAAGGAGGAUGAUCAAGUCAAGUUCUAAAGAACAAGUAGCAGAUGGAGGAUGGAGGACAGCAAUUUCCACCAGUUCCUAUACAAUCAAAUUCUUGCCAAUCCCCUAUAGAAUCAAAGGCUUGCUUCCCUAUAGAAUCAAAGGCUUGCCAGUCCCCUAUAGAAUCAAAGGCUUGCCAAUCCCCUAUAGAAUCAAAGGCUUGCUUCCCUAUAGAAUCAAAGGAUUGCCAAUUCCUAUACAAUCAAAGGCUUGCCAAUCCCUAUACACCCAAAGGCUUGCCAAUCCCAUAUAGAAUCAAAGGCAUGCCAAUCCCAUAUAAAAUCAAAGGCAUGCCAAUCCCAUAUAAAAUAAAAGGCAUGCCAAUCCCAUAUAGAAUCGAAGGCUUGCCAAUCCCCUAUAGAAUCGAAGGCUUGCCAAUCCCCUAUAGAAUCAAAGACUUGCCAAUCCCCUAUAGAAUCAAAGGCAUGCCAAUCCCCUAUAGAAUCGAAGGCUUGACAAUCCCCUAUAGAAUCGAAGGCUUGACAAUCCCCUAUAGAAUCUAAGGCAUGCCAAUCCCCUAUAGAAUCUAAGGCUUGCCAAUCCCCUAUAGAAUCAAAGGCUUGCCAAUCCCCAUAGAAUCAAAGGCUUGCCAAUCCCGUAUAGAAUCUUAGGCUUGCUAAUCCCUAUAGAAUCAAAGGUUUGCCAACCCAAACACAUUCAAUCAUUAAUCAAAGGCUUUUCAAUGUUUUCCACGAAAGGCUUAUUUUAUACUGUUUACUGGCCCACUUCUUCAUGACAAAAAUUUAUGUGCAAAUUCAUCGAUUAAUAGUUUAUUAUUUAUUUACAUAUUUAUUAAUUUGAUUUAAUUUAUGAAUAGAUGUUUAUAAGCAAUAAAAUACCAAUGCUUUC